AUGUCGACGCAGACUGCUCUGAAAGAUGCUAUAGUCAAGGAUCAUCGAGAGAUCUUCCUUUACUAUGACCAGUACCAAAAAGCAGAUGGAGACACCGAGGCUCAGGCUCGUUGGGCUCGACAGCUCACAUGGGAGGUGGCGAGGCACUCCGUUGGCGAGGAGAUCGUCGUGUACCCCCUAUUGGAAAAACACCUUGGCCAACGAGGCGUGCAGCUUGCCGACCACGAUCGUGCUGAUCAUCAGACGGUGAAAGAAUAUUUGUCCCACUUGGAAUCGUUAAAGCCAGGAACGGCCGAGUACGACCAGACUCUCCGAACGGUGAUGACCAACCUUCGAGAACAUAUUGAGAGCGAGGAAAAGACGGAUUUGCCGUUAUUGGAGGAGAAGUUGACUCAGGGGGAUAGCCAGCAUGCUGCGAAUCAGUUCGCGAGGACGAAGAAGUUUGUUCCUACUCGUGCUCAUCCGAUGGCUCCUAGCAAGCCGCCGUUUGAGACUUUGGUGGGGUUUAUGACGGCGCCGCUUGAUAAACUGAAGGAUCAUUUGGCAAGCUUUCCGACUGACGAGAUGAAGAGGGACGCGGGGAUCUGA